CUUGCCGCACAGGACGCAAUGCAGUAGCACCGGCCCUAAGCCCGUGAAAGGUAUACGUUUGCAAAUGGGUCGACGAAGGAUGCGCAGGCAGUGCUGCAAGCGGGACCGCAGCAACACAGCCGCUGGAGUCGGCCCCACAUUUCCAGCCUCGUCCGCGACGUCGCGCUAGCUUACACCACACCCACUCACGACACCAGCAUGCCGGCGCCCGAGCGUCUUGAGAUUGUGGAGCAGGAUGAGGCAGGCGUUGUGGUCUCGACGUAUAUCGCGUCGGGGGAUUCGCGCGUUGAUGUCGUCCUGCCGAAACAGACGAAGGGCUAUGCUCAGCAGUUGCUUGAUGUGUUUCUACCAGCGGGAUAUCCGCAGAGCGUGACGGAGGAUUACAUUCAUUACCAAAUCUACGACUCCCUACAAGCCUUCUCGUCCUCCAUAGCCGGACUGCUCGCCUCCCGCGCCGUCCUCGAGGGCGUCGGCGUCGGCGACUCAACCGCAUCCCCCACCAACGCACUGCUCCUCUCCAUCCUGCAAGACUCCAUGGGCCGCAUUGCCACGAUCCUCUUCGCGCACCGGCUGGGCACCUCGCUCGAGCCCGAGUGCAAGAUGUACCGCCUGGCCGCCGACAUCUUCAACGACUCCGCCAUGGUGCUGGACUGCCUGUCUCCCGCGUUCCCCAAGCCCGCGCGCGUCGCCGUGCUCGGCUUCUCGAGCUGCUUGAGGUCGCUCUGCGGGGUGUGCGCGGGCAGUGCGAAGGCAAGCUUGAGCGCGCAUUUUGCGAAGAGGGGGAAUCUGGGCGAGUUGAAUGCGAAGGACUCGAGUCAGGAGACGGUGAUUAGUCUGCUGGGGAUGCUGGCGGGGAGUGUGGUGGUCAGCUGGGUGACGACGCCGGCGGCGACGUGGGCGACGCUUAUCGCGCUGCUGUCAGUGCACCUGGCGACGAACUAUGCUGCGGUGAAGGCUGUCAGUCUGACGACGCUGAAUAGGCAGCGCGCGAACAUCGUCUUCAGUCACAUCCUGAGCGCUGAUGGGGGACCGAGAGUUCUUAGUCCGAAGGAGGUGUCUGCGCAAGAACGGGUGUUCGAGAGAGAUGGCGUGUUGAGAUGCAUUGGCAAAAAAGACGGCGUUCUUCGAGCCAAUGGCGAGAUGUUGAGAGACGCGAACGAUAUUGUGGGUUUUUGCAAGAUCGGCGUCAGCAUGCAAACAUUGUUGAGCCGCAUCAACACAUCCAAGCGCACGGAGUCUGGGGCUUUCGACGCGCUGCCCGUCAAGAUCGCCGAUUUAUUAGAUGUCUUCGCCAGUGAAGGUUACAUCUUGUGGCUACCUGACAUCCUAGGCACAGACACGCGCAAGAGGGAAGCUCUGAUAGUGUUGAAGAAGGACUGCACUGCGCAGGACCAGCUCAAGGCAUGGAUGCACGCAUGGAUAGUUUCGCAACAGCGCGCGAUGAGUCCUUUACUUGCCGUCACUCUCCCGGCCCACAAAAACAACGCACGACCACGCCUUCGAGAGCUUGAGUCAUCACUCUUGAUGGUGCGAGAAGUCUUCAAACUGUACGCUCCAGCACUGAGAGAGGCAGGUUGGAACCUGGACUCCGCGGCGCUGGAAACCCGCGCAGGAGUCCGUGCAGUCAUCGAUCGAAAGGGUGAUCCCUUCGAUCAGUGAGCAUCAGGACACACAUCACCUUGCAGUGGCACUGAGUCGUAGUCGGCCGCUCGCCGCCAACCAGAGUUUGGACUUGAGUGGAUAGCU